AUGACCCAUGAAUCUGCACAAGUGAAGCAGUCCACCUUGGAGACUCUCUGCUACGUCUGCCAGGAGGUAUCGGUAUCGGUAUCGGAUCCUCCUCUCCUCCUGGUGAAUAAUCAAGUGAACGACGUCAUCCGGGCAGUACUCCGCGGGAGCCUCCCUCGUGAACCGAGCGAGGUUCGUCUGGCGGCAACGAAGGCGCUGCUUAACGUCCUGUGUUUUGCUCAGGCCAACUUUGGGAUUGAGAUGGAGUGUUGUUUGAUCUUGAGGGUUGUGUACAAAGCAGCCUUGUCUCGGGAAGUGGAGAUCAGGGAGGUGGCUUUCCAGUGUCUCGUGUUUAUUGCAUCCAAAUACUACGAGGUGCUAGGAAUGGACUGUGGGAAGUUGUUUGAGAUUACGUUUAAAGCAAUCAACGGUGACGUACGCACUCUUGCCAUCCAAGCCAUUGCCUUUUGGAACUCAAUCUGUGAUGUAGAAAUGGAGCGCAAUCCCCACUCGGGUUUGAUUAAGUAUAAUACUCCUCAUUUGAUACCCAUUUUGCUAGAGUCUUUGGAGGGAGAAGAAGAAGAUGAGGAGGAUAACAGAGUCUUCGAACUUGUGAUGAACAUCAUACCGAAGCUUCUCUCUCACAUCCUGAAAAAUAUAGGCCACACUCUGGACAUGCUGCAAAUUAUUGAUGAUGGUCGUGAGAAACAACAAGCCAUACUCCUAGCUUCUCUAUGCGGUCUUGUUCAGUUCAUAGUCGAAAAACUCAGUGGCGCAGACAAGACCAAGCACUUGGUUUUGCAAAACGCUGAUGCCAUUAUGACUAUGCUUCUCAGAGUGCUUGCUUGCCCCCAUGGACAUGGAGGAGGAGAAGCAAUGCUGGCUACUGGAGCUCUUGCCUGUGCUACUGGACCUGCGUUUGAGAAAUAUGUCCCCGAGCUCUUCAACUACCUUAAACUGGGUCUUGAGAAUUUUGAGGAAUGCUCAAUCACUGUCGGAGUAGUUGGGGACAUUUGUCGUGCCUUAGAUGACAAAAUCCUGCCUUUUUGCGACCAGAUCAUGAGUCUCCUCACCCGAAAUCUCCAGAGCGAUCCACUCCCAAAAUCUGUGAAACCUCUGAUGUUCAACUGCAUUUCAGACAUUGCGCUUGCCAUAGGUGUUCACUUUUCUGAGAGGUACCUAACUCCAGCUUUGGUGGAGAUCAUGCAAGGAGCAGCAGCAGAGGUGUGUGCGCACAGCGACGAUGAAGAGCUUAGAAAAUGCCUACUCGAGUCUUACUCUGGGAUACUACAAGGUUGUGGAGAUGCAAAGGCCCAGGUCAUGAUGAUGCCAAAUCUCUUACACUUCAUCGACCUCAAUGCUCAAAUCUAA